CCGCCGUCGCGCGCAGGGCGGAGCCGUGGGGGCGGUGCGGCCGGGCGCCCAGAGACCUGACCUUCCCGAACGCCGGGUCCCGUGACGUCACCUCGCCGUGACGCGCACGCUGUAGGAAAACUGAUUAAUUAAAAGGAUUUACUGUAUAUCUUAUGACUCUUUACUGGAGCCUUAGGAGAUAGAAGAAAAUGCCAUGCUCCUGUGAAGCAUAAGAAUAUGUCAGCAGCUGCUAAGAAAUUGAUAGGGGCAGGGUGUACCUGGGCCAGCACUGCCCUCAUUGUAGCCAUAUUUAUUGAAGAUCUCAGAGAGUUGUGAAAGCAAAGACGACAAAAUGAACUGAGAUUUCAGAAAUGGAAGAGCCCGUAUGAGCUAAGAAUACUGACAGUCAUUUUUCCUAAGUGUAUUUGCCCAAAAUGGACACUGGCUAAAGAUCAAGCUUGCUAUGGAGAUAAAGAUGAAUGCCGUGUCUCAUCCAACACUGAAAAUUUGAAGUUUAGAAGACAUUUACUAAGUCAAAUCACCUCAAGGACAUUGUUAUUCCAGUCAAAAACAUCAUAAUGCAGAAUUUUUUAUCAAUACCACCAAAAGAUCAACAAGGUGAGUCCAACAUCUCUUCUGGAACGAUUCAGAGUGGGAAAGGUUUGCAGAAUAAGAGUCAGUUUAGGACCAUUGCACCAAAAAUCAUGCCCAAAGUCCUGACAUCCCGAGUGCUGCCGUGCCCUUCAUCAUCACUCUCUGAUCAGGUGAAUCCAGGACCCUCCAUCAACGCCAAGCCUCUGGGGGUGCCCACCCAAAAUUACGCUCUGAUGCAGGUUGCUGGACAGGAGGGGACGUUUUCUCUCGUUGCUCUGCCACAUGUCGCCUCUGCUCAGCCAAUCCAGAAACCCAGACUGGCGCUGCCUGAAAAUCUGAAGCUGCCUAUUCCUCGAUACCAACCCCCAAGAAAUAACAAAGGAUCGAGAAAGAAACCCACUCGGAGUUCCUCUGAGAGUGGUGCUGGCAUACCUCCUGCCCAAACCCAAACGUCCCCCUCCCCACCUGACCGUCCCAAACCCCCACACAGACCUGGUCAAUCAGAGCAAGUGCCGUCACUAGACCCAGGCCCGUCCAGCAUCAGCAUGGCGGCACUGACCAACCAUGGUGGCCCCGGAGACUCUCCACCCCCAGGGACCAACGACCAUGGGGAUCUGAACCCUUCUGCCACCCCGAUGGUAUCCACACCAGAAGAGCCCUCAGCCAAGCCGGGCCUCGCAGUGACUCCAGGGAAAGCAACCCUGGCAAGUGAGGAAACCUGCAGUAAACCUUCUCCCGUUGCCAGUGGGAAACGGAGAGAACAAGCUGAUCUUACAAAAGCCAUGACCAUUUUAUCACCAGCUGUUUUCAGCAGUGCAGUUCAGCUGAUCUCUCCAGUCCCCAGAGGUAAACUGCCCAUCCUGCCCUAUGCCAGAGGGAGAACAGCGGAGGUGUGUGGAGGCCAGUCAGACGUGAGCCUCACAGAUGGCUCUGUGCCCGGGCUCAGGGCAGCCUGUGGUAAGGCAUCCUCCAUCCCAGAGGGCUUUACUGCAGCCACCAAGAUGCUCGGCAAGACACCUGCUCCACAGAGCCCCUGUGAAAGUACCUUUUGUGCGGCCACCAGACCAGAUCUCAGCCACAAAGCAAAACUCAGUGGUGGGGCAGCAAAGAGAAGAGUAAGAAAACGAAAGGUACCAGAUGAAAUUUUGGCAUUUCAGGGAAAAAGGAGGAAAUGUGUCAUUAGUAAGUGUAAAGAUAGUAAAGAAAGAGUAAAAGCCGAUCCGCAAGAAUCCAGUGACCAAAAACCAGGGUCUCUGAAGAAAUACCGCAGCAUUAUGCCCAAGCCUGUGAUUGUCGUGUCUGCUUUGGCUCCCCUGGCUUCUCCUGCAGGCGUGUUCCAGCCCCAGACACCAGGCAGCCUCGGGCAGGACAUGUUGUUAAACAGUCCCCUCAGCCCGAAGUAUCCCGGCUGUAGGCAGGAUAGUGGCACCUCCCCGAAGCCCGGCUCUGCGCUGAGAAACGGACUCUCGGGCAUUAAGAAACCGUGGCACAGGUGUCACGUCUGUAACCACCACUUCCAGUUCAAACAGCACCUUCGUGACCACAUGAACACACACACUAACAGACGGCCUUACAGCUGCCGAGUCUGCCGCAAGGCCUAUGUACGUCCCGGCAGCCUGAGCGCACACAUGAAACUCCAUCACGCGGAGAACCGUCUGAAGAAACUCGUGUGCUGUGAGUUUUGUGCAAAAGUGUUUGGCCACGUCAGGGUCUACUUCGGCCACCUAAAAGAAGUGCACCGGGUUGUCAUCAGCACGGAGCCUUCCCCCGGCGAAAGGCAGCCGGGGGAUGUGUCAAAGAACAGAGGCCUGACUGCGCGAGGGCCGGAGGGACCCGUGGAGAGGGAAAACAAGUCAAGCCUAGAAGAAGACCUCCUCCUAACCCAGGCGGAGGAAGUCAAAUUACAAAUCAAAUGUGGCCGUUGUCAGAUCACUGCCCAGUCUUUUGCUGAAAUCAAGUUUCAUUUACUUUACGUUCACGGAGAGGAAAUUCAGGGCCGGCUGCAAGAGGAGAUCUUACCGGGAAGCACAGGAGCUCAGGAAGAACUGGUGAAACACACCGCUCCUUUCAGGAAACAACAUCCUGAGAGAAGGAGGCUACUCAAGCGUGCUCCCCCUGAUGAGGACUUAAAUGCAUUUCCUAAGCUGAAAAGGCAGCUGUGCCUUCAUCAUCACACUGAUGUGGACAGGUUCAGGAAAAUGGAGGGAGCCCAGGCGGGACCCAGGGAGCCGCUGCCAGGGGCGGUCCCCCGGGGCUCUGCGAGUCCCAGCCCCCACACCCUCCUCUUUGGGGACCGUUCAGGCUUUAACUGUGUCCUCUGUGCACAGACGCUGGCCAGGAAGGAAGAAGUCCUCCAGCACUGGGAACAAGAGCACAACUGUGAGGACCCUCCCAAGCUGUGGACGAUUUUAAAUGCAUUCUCUAGCCAGGGGGUGACCGGACCUCCUGGGGAGACUGAGAAAUGAAAUCUUGGGGGUGGGGUAAAGAGAAUGCUAUUUGCUUGCUCUCUCUUUCUCUCAAAGCCCUGCAUUUUUAUGGUGGUGCUUAAUUAUAAAAGUCAGACAAAUUAGGAUCAGCAUUAAUGAGCACAAGUGAUUUUUGUACAUAGUUUUAUUUUCUUAC